CUAACUAAUUACAGUUUGAGCGCUCUGAUCAAAUAGAUCGUUAGUAGCUUUAGCAUUGAUUAUGUGAAUUUUAAAUUCAUACUCUUGGGCCCAAUGGAAGCCCAGCGGUGAAGUGUGAACCAAGCCUAACAGUCCUCCACUGCCACUUCUCGUCUCCGAAAUUCAGUUCAUAUUUUCCCCUUAAGGCCUCCUUCCACCCUCACACUCCGACAAUCCAUCACUCCGAAAAGAGCCUUCAUUUAGGUGCGUGACAUUUGAGGGUUGGAUUUUGAACAGAGAAGGAUGGGGAGAAUGAUAUUGAAUAAUGCAUUGAGAUCGAUAGUGAAUGCGGAGAGAAGGGGGAAAGAUACUGUGGAGUUGAAACCCAUAUCCACAGUAAUGUCAUCAUUCCUCAAAAUCAUGAAAGAUCGAGGUUAUAUCAAGGAUUUCCAAGUUUUUGAUCCGCAUAGAGUGGGGAGGAUAACAGUUCAACUACAAGGCAGGGUUAAUGAUUGUAAAGCUCUUACUUACAGGCAGGAUGUGAAGGCAAGAGAUAUUGAAGAGUACAAAAUGCAAAAGCUUCCGAUACGACAGUGGGGUUAUGUUGUGAUUACUACUCCUGAAGGUGUGUUGGAUCACGAAGAGGCUGUUAAGUGUAAUGUUGGGGGUCAGGUUCUUGGCUAUUUUCAUUAGAUGGGAAGGGGAGAAAUGUUCUCUGGUAUGAUGAUAUUCCGACUUCACCAAUGUGAGUUUGUUGUUUUGUUUACCUCAAUAUCAAGUUAUGUGAAUUUGGUGUCAACUUAUGAUUUAGAUAAAGGGAACUUUAACGAAAAGCUUCCGAUACUGUUUACUUUAACGAAAAACCACAUUUUUACACUAAAAAGUCAAUACUGGUACAGGUAGAACAAGAUCAUUCCUCUUGAAACAGCGCUCUUGUUUAUUACAAAAAUGGUAGCAGCAUUUAGUAAACCAGUCUAUUACUCUUUUAAACC